UACACACACAAUACAAUCUCUGUAUCUAUACGUCAAACUCUCCCGCAGACGACUGAACGUUUUCGUUGGAGAUGCUGCAAGUUAGCCGUCAGCUCCCCGUCGAUGCCGACGGCGUUUGCAUGCGCUGCAAAGUGAAGCCGCCGGAGGAGGCUACGCUCACCUGCGUCACGUGCGCCACGCCGUGGCACGUGCUUUGCCUCACUGUCGUCCCAGAGACCAUGGCUUCGGCAUUGAAGUUUGAGUGCCCUGACUGCUCGGGCGAUGGACUUGACGGAGCUCCAGCGCCGGUGGAUUCGGAGAAGAAAGAUCUGUUUGCGAGGAUUCGAGAGAUUGAGGGAGAUGAUUCGUUGUCGGAGAAGGAAAAGGCGAAGAGAAGGCAACAGCUUUUAAGUGGAAGGGUGGAAGGCGAUGAACGGAGCAAAGGAAAUGGAGACAUUAGUGAUGAAAAAGAGGAGAAAGUGAGUGAUAUUUUGGGAGUGCUUGGUGAGACCUUCAGAUGUGCCUACUGUAUGGAGCUUCCGGAAAGGCCUGUUACGACACCAUGUGGACACAAUUUUUGCUUAAAAUGCUUCGAAAGGUGGAUCAAGCAAGGCAAGCAUACUUGUGCUAAGUGCCGUACUAGCAUUCCCCGCAGAAUGGCAAUUCAGCCGCGCAUCAACUCCACCCUUGUGGCUGCCAUACGAAUGGCGAAAUUGUCAAGAUCAAUUAUUUCUGGAGGGCCUCAAAUUGUAUAUCGCUAUUUGCAUAACCAAGAUCGUCCUGAUAAGGCAUUUACUACAGAAAGGGCACAGAGACCUGGAAUGGCCAACGCUGCGAGUGGGAGAAUUUUUGUCACUGUCCCUAGAGAUCACUUUGGACCUAUCCCAGCAGAGAAUGAUCCAGAGAGAAAUCAAGGGGUUUUGGUUGGAGAGACUUGGGAUAUGCGUAUGGACUGCAGGCAGUGGGGUGUGCAUUACCCUCCUGUAGGUGGCAUUGGCGGAAAGGCCCAUUAUGGUUCCCAGUCAAUAGUAAUUUCUGGAGGUUAUGAGGAUGAUGAAGACCAUGGUGAAUGGUUUAUCUACACAGGAAGUGGUGGAAGGGAUUUAAGUGGAAACAAACGCACCAACAAGGAACAGUCAUUUGAUCAGGAGUUUAAGGAACAGAAUCAGGCUCUGCGAGUUAGCUGUGACAAAGGCUAUCCAGUUCGUGUUGUUAGAUCAGAGAAAGAUAAGCGUUCUCCAUAUGCCCCGGAGAAAGGUUACAGGUAUGAUGGGAUCUACAGGAUAGAAAAAUGUUGGAGAAAAGUCGGAAAGCAGGGGUUCAAGGUUUGCAGAUAUUUGUUUGUGAGAUGUGACAAUGAGCCUGCACCAUGGACGAGUGAUGAGCAUGGGGAUCGGCCAAGAGCCCUGCCAGUCAUUCCUGAGCUUAAACGUGGAAUUGAUGUUUCUGAAAGGAAGGACAGUCCCUCAUGGGAUUAUGAUGAGAAGGAAUGUUGCUGGAAAUGGAAAAAGCCACCACCUCCUAGUGAAGAAAAAGUAGUCAAUAUUAAUCCCGAGGACAGGGAGAAUGCAAGAAAGGUGAUACGGAAAGCACAAACUAUUUCAAUGAAAGAGAAACUGCUAAAAGGUUUCAGCUGCCUUAUUUGUGAAAAAGUAAUGAAUCUUCCCCUCACAACUCCGUGUGCUCACAACUUUUGUAAGCCUUGUCUCGAAAAUGCAUUUGCUGGCCAAACAUUUUCAAAAGAGAGGGUCUGCCAGAAUGGACGAAAACUUCGUUCACAGAAGAACGUCCUGAAAUGCCCUGCAUGCCCAACUGACAUAUCUGAAUUCCUCCAAAAUCCUCAGGUUAACAGGGAACUCAUGGAGGUGAUAGAGAAACUGCAGUCGGAGCUUGACAAGGAUGAGGAUAACGGUAGGAGCUCUGACACGCAGAAAAACAACUCUGGUAAGGAGACUAUUGAUGCUUUGCCAGGCGGAGAUGCAGCCAACUUAUCGAACAAAGAAAUGGAACUCCAGCAUGAGAGUUCUUUGAAGAGAAAAACUAGUUCACCUAGCCUCUCAGCUGAGCAUGAGAACACAGAGAUUUCCAAGAAAAGUAAAGUUGACACUGAGAUUGGCCCUGAAACCAAAGUCGCAAUGGAGAAUCCUAGUGAUAGCAACAUCUCACAACCCCCGGCAGCAAAAGGCCGGGGCAGACCAAAAGGUAGAAUACAGAAGGGAGUAGCAAAACACAAAGCAAACAACAAAAGCAAGCAGGGUCAAGAAGCAGGCGAGGAUGGAAAUACUUCACCUUCAAGCCCUUUGCAUCUGCAACAUAACAUCUGAUAAAUGCUUGCAACUUGUGUGGCCUGCGAAGAACAGCAAUCAUCCGAUGCUCGACUUAUUUUUGGCAAAAGGUAUGCCUAUAGCUGCAACCAGUAUUCAAAUUUUUGCUCUACUAGCUGCAAAAAUGACGUGUUCAUGUAAAGUGGCAGCACAUUGUGGAGUCAUGUACAAUCAGCAACUUCAGAAAACAGCCUUCUGAUGUGCCAUAUUUUGACAGAAGCAUUGGCUAUGUUUGCAUCCUGAUUGAUGCCUCUUUUUAUUGGGUCAUUCCCAUCUAAGUUGAAACAAAUUAUUUACCUGUUACAUUCACUUUUGUCAGCAAUUACAGGUUCCUAGUGUAUUUUGGCAUCAUUUCAUAGCACAUGCAGGCUCUACAUUUUUACAUACGUCCCAAUUAAAU